AUGCCAAGCGGUCUGCCCAAGGCAGCAGAGGUUGACAAGGGCAAUGACGAGGGCGUGGAGAUCAGAAAGGUCACAAAAGAGGAGGCGGCCUUCAUCUUGGGUCAGGGCGGCAAGACCAAGGCGAAGCUCUGCACGGUAAGCGGCGCGAACAUCGAGCUGUCUGAGGCCUGGGGCCAGGAUCGCUCUGCAGGCAGCCAGCUGCGCAUCAGCGGGACCACGAAGCAGCGGAAGUACGCCAGGAAGUACGUGGAGUUCGUGAUCGCGCAGAGGAUUGGACCCGUCAAGAUCGACAACCCAGACGCCCAUGACGACCUGACCAUCCUCGUGGUGCCCGCAGACACUGUCAGCUUCAUCACUGGCAAGCAGGGGUCCUUCCUCCGACUGGUCGAGGAGGAGUGGGGGUCUCUCCUAUUCUUCCUGCAGGUGAAUCCCAAGAGACCACCGCAGAAUGUUGACCCCACGCGCACGGAGCGGCUCGCGAUUUUCGGUCCAGAGCGCCGGCGCCGCGGUGCCCAGCUCAAGGUGAUGGCGGCCAUCGAGAUGAAAAUCCAGGGAUAUUUCACCAAAAACGUGGGUGAUAGCGAGAGUCCAGAGGCCGGCUUUGCGACGGAUACGAUGACCAUCAAGGAGGAGGACUACAGCUACGCCCUGGGCAGGAGCGGCUCCACCCGCAAGAAGUUGGCCCGGGCGUCCAGCUGCAUUGUCGAGUACGUGGGGCGAGUGGCGUACUUCUGCGGCGACCGCCCCGAGCGGGUCCGCGCGAAGGAGUACUUGCAGUGGCUCCUCCACCAGCGGAUCGGCGGGCAUGUGCGGGUGGACCAGGCUGGUCGCGACGAUGUCGCGAUGAUCAUGGUACCAAACAGCUGCAUCGGCUUCGUCACGGGUCACAAGGGCGCGUCCUUGCGGGCCAUCGAGGAAGAGACGAACACGUUUUGCUUCAUUGAUGGGGUCGCGGACGACGGCGAGGACCCGAAGCCGUUGCUGAUCUUUGGCUGCAUCGAGGACCGGCGAAUAGCGGAGAGCCUCGUGUGGGAGAAGAUUUCGCAGAAGUACGACGAGUACGACAGUUGGGAGAGUCGCGGCGACAAGGGGCGCCGAAAGGGGAAGGGGAAGGGCGACAAGGACGGCAAGAAGGGCAAGGGCAGGAAGGACGACGCGCGUGCCGAUGCCGCGGCUCAGGCUCGCAGGGACGAGAGCGAGCAGGAGAGCCCGGUGAAAAAGGUCGGCGACACCGAGGCGAUGUCCAUGAGCGACGACGAUGCUGCCUUCCUGAUGGGGCCUGGCGGGAAGACCAAGAGGAAGAUCAUGGCUGUGAGCGGGGCCCACCUGGAUUUCAAGAACAAGUGCAUGGAGGUCACAGGCUCGCUGGAGCAGCGCUCGAGGGCGAAGAAGUAUGUCCAGCUGGUGAUGGCGCAGCGUUUGGGGCCCGUGAAGAUCGACGACAACGAGAAGCACGACGACCUGUCGAUCGUCGAGGUGCCUGCGGACGCCGUGAGCUUUGUCACCGGGCGCCAGGGGUCUUUCCUGCGCCUGGUCGAGGAGGAGUUCGGGACGUUGCUGUUCUUCCUGGAUUUCAACAAGUCGAGCCGCCGCGAUACGAUCGAGCGCCUCGCCAUCUUCGGGCCGCUUCGAGAGCGCAGGGGUGCGGAGCUCAAGGUCAUGGCGGCCAUCGAGGCGAAGCAGCCGGGCUACAUCACGAAGAAGGACGCCGCGCUCCCCAGCAGGGACCCGGCGGAGGGCUUCGCCACGGACCGCAUGCCGAUCGAGGAGGAUGACUACAGCUACGCCCUCGGCAAGGGCGGCGCCACGCGCAAGAAGAUCGCGCGCGCCUCCGGCUGCGUCAUCGAGUACAUCGGGCGCCUAGCGUACCUCUCGGGGGUGAAGAAGGAGCGCACGCGGGCCCGCGAGUACCUGGGCUGGCUCUUCUGCCAGCGGGUGGGCCCCGUGGAGGUGAACUACGCGCGGCGCGACGACGUGAGCGUGCUGCAGGUGCCCAAGGACUGCGUGGGCUUCGUCACGGGCCACAAGGGCGCCUCGCUGCGCGCCGUGGAGGAGGCGACGGGCACGUUCUGCUUCAUAGAGGGUGGGCGAGAAGACCCCUACCGCGACCCGAAGCCGCUGCUGGUCUUCGGCGGCGCGGAGGCCCGCGGCCAGGCAGAGGAGAUGCUGAAGAAGCGCAUCGAUCAGAAGCUCGUGGAGGGCUGGGUGCACGAGGAGGGCGGCGAGGGCGGCAAGGGCGGCAAGGGCGGCCGAAGAAAGGGCGGCAAGGACCCCAUGGAGCGUGACUCCAGGAUCUCCGAGCACGGGGGAUUCUCAAGUGGCGGUCUGGGAGCCUCAUUCCUCUACUAA